CAUUUGGAUUUUGGAUUGAAGAAGUAGAAGUAGGGGAAAAAGUGGUGUCUAAUAAAGUCAAAUUCCUGUUGAAGCUCACAAAGAAGAAAGAAGCACCAUUUUUUCUUUUCUUCUUCUCUCUGUACCAAUAAAACACAGUCAGAACCAAUAUCUUUCUUCUAUAGUUUCAAUCUUCAAUUUCCUUUCCUUUUCUUCCUCCAAGAUCAGAUUUUUCUUUGACCCUUUUCCUCAUUCUUAACGAAUCCCCCCUCCAUCCACUUCCCCUUCAAAUCAGUUUCAUGCUUCUUCACUGUGUCAGAUCGUAGAUCUUGCUGUCGGUGAUUGAUCGGAGUAGAUGUCGCCGUCAAACGGGUUGCAAAACGGCGGGGGCGGUAAUGGGCUGAGUUAUAUAGAACAUCAAGUUUCCAAAUUUGACACUCUUGCCGGUGUUGCCAUCAAGUAUGGUGUUGAGGUAUCUGACAUCAAAAGGAUGAACGGGUUAGCCACAGAUCUUCAAAUGUUUGCACUGAAGACAUUGAGAAUUCCAUUACCAGGACGACAUCCACCAUCUCCCACUCCCAGUCUGCCUAAUGGACCUGCAAAGUUGGGAGAUAAUAGCAAUGAAAGGAGACCCCCACGCAUAGGUCAAUCUGCCAUGAAGGAACCUCUCCAGUCCUUAAGACUGAAAGCGCCCCAAGAGAAGAUUUCUCCAGCUAUGACCAUUUUACAGAAAUACUAUGGACUCAAAUCUUCAAGUUCUAGAGAUACAUCUGAGGGAACAGAAAUGGCAGUUUAUAAAUCUGCUAGUUCAGAUCAUUCCAGAGAUGAAUGGCUUCCCAAUACCUCGCCAAUUUCAGAUACACCAUCAAACCAUUACCCCAAGUCAACAAAUUUAGUGUUUGAUCUACUUACUGGGAACGAUGAUGCGCCUGAGUAUGUUCCUCUUGCAGAAAUUGAGGGUGGGGGAGCUGAGAAGUCUGACGAGAAAUUCGUGCGCAGACGUCAGAAAUCUGAAGUUGAUAAUGGAGCUAGUACACCAGAAAGGAUAUUGAAAGAAGGAAACAGUAGUGGAUCAAAUUGUUUUUCUUCAACUGGAAAAGCAAUAUCCAUGAGGCCAAAAUCAGCUAGUAGAGCAGUGCUGCUUCCUGAGUCAGAAUCAGGAUGGUUAGAUUCUAUUCCAGUGGGGUUGGGAGAUUCUAUAUUAACUGAUAGAUUUUCUGGGGUGCGCAAAUCAUCAAGUGCAUCAAGCCUCAGAGAGCAGGAAAAGAACAAUGCAGUAACAAUGUGGACAAGUGGAAGAUGGGGUUUGAAGCCAGAAGCAUCCAUCUCCAAACCUAUCUUUGAUGGCUUACCUAUCCCAAUAACUGGCCGCAGGAGCAAAACUGCCCUUGAUUAGUGCAAAGUGCAAACUGAUUCUAUGUGGAGAAAAUUAUUUUUUGACAUCACACAAACUUAAAUUGCAACUCUUUUGGGUUAGUAAUCCUGAUCAAAGAUGAGGGGGGGAAAAAAAGAAGAAACAAGGUACACGGUUAGGAUAUUUAUUUCAGACAUAGAAUAACAAAGGGGUCAAUGACCUGCAGCAGUAUCAGCUGAGGAAAAGGUGCAUGAAAAAGUCUUGCAACUGGUUUGUCAAAUGUACCAAUAAUGUAAUUAAUGGUGGCCCCAACUGGAUUAUAAGGAUUACUUAGAGAUUGAUAGCUCCUUUGUUAAAUUAUUGAGUCAAGUAAGUGAAAGUCAUUCUGUUCAAUGGUUAAUUGUAUCAUGUCAUUCUUAUUGGAUACAUUGUGUAUGUAUUUAUGAUUUAUUUUUUCUCAGGAUCCUUUAUACCGCAAUACCAUUAAAUU